AUGAUCAAGAAACACACUUUGAAAUCUUUCUUCGUCAACUUCCUCAGAAAUGCACCACCUGAUUACGCUGAGGACAUUGGUGCCAAUAUAAUAUUAGCAACAUCAUCACCGAAGUGGAAGGACUUUUUACCCUCUUCUGAAAUUAGGGCUUGCAUCCAAGAAUCUUUACCAGAGAUGUCUUCCGAAGCCGAAAUGAAGCUUGAGACCACUUCAAUUUGGAGACAUGCGGGAAAGUCAUUUAGUAAUUUUGCUGAACAUCGCGGGAACAGCUAUGUAGAAUUCACGCAUAACGGACAAUCGCUAACCGGAGUUAUUCAGUAUAUCAUACGGCCUCAUGGUCAUACUGCACCUAUCUUUUUGAUACAUGGGUUUCGGGAGUUGAACUCAACUGACAGCUCCCAUAGUCCCUAUCAAUCGCUACCGCAUCUAAAAGCCAGAGUUGUGUACAACGAGGCUUCUCUGAUGUCUGUUCGUACCCAAGAUAUAUAUGGACACUGUGCUGCGAUUCAUAAUCGAUCAGGCACCUUUGGCAUACACAAGCCUACGGUCUCGCUGGUCAGUCUUCGCAGUAUGCUAUGUUUUCAGGGAAUCUCUGAUAUUACCUCAUCUUACGAGCCGACUUCAUGA